AUGCCACAACAAAAGCAGGGAACAAAGCGCGUCAACUCUGAACCAGAAGCUGAUGGAGCUGCACUCAAGCGAUGUGGCAUCAAGCCGUAUACCAGGUGGCGUCACGAAGGCCCACCCAUAACUGAGUAUGAGCAUAUUCCGAAGGGCUGGAAUUCAGAUGACAAUGAUAUCCACGAGGAUGACAUUCUCGCUAAUAUCGAAAGGUGCAAGAAUCGAAUCGAAGACGGGAUCAUGCCUCAGUGGUGGGAGAAGACUCUCAAGAAAUAUGAGCGAUUUAAGGCUGAAAUUGAUAAGGAAAUUCAAGAGAACAAAGGUCUUGAUCUAUACGUGAUUUAUCGUCUGAAGGAUCUCGAAGGGAUGAAGAAUCAGCUCGAGAAUAAUGGCGAUAAACGAAAGUUACUUCCAAAUAUCAAUGCAAUUAUCAAAGCAUAUAGAUCGGACGAAUUAGCAUGGCAAGAUGGGUUAGUGACAUAUUGGGCGAAGGGUAAAAAUGUUAGUGGUCAGCCAAAAGAAUUCACCUGGGAAAAUUAUGAUUUCUAUUGCAAAAAACAUGGCGGCGGGUCCAAAGACUUUUGGGUGGAAGGGCUUCAUGGUCCGGGUUCCUUAUGUUCUUUUCCUGUCGUUGCACCUAAUAACAGAGCCUUUAAUAUUGAGGCAAAGGACCCGCAGAGUCUACAUGAGAUUGAUUUCACUCUUCGAAUCCCCGCUAGAGCCACAAAGGAUGAUGACAGCGAAGACAUUCAAAGGGAAUCGGAGGAAGAGGGCAAAACCAACGAUGAUGAAGAGGAAAAAAGCAGGGAUGAUGAAGACACGAGCAUAGAGCUGAACUUCUUAGAUGACACUGGCGCCGCAGUCAUGGUCAUUUAUGAGGACGACUUGGAAAGGAUUGAGAACAAAGCCCACCAGACCGCCACAGUGGUCGGAGGUGGACGUUUAAACGGAAUUUUUAGCCAUUCAUUUAUUGUAAUUCAUAGAAUUGAGGUCAAUAUGCGGGAUACUAAGGGCAAUUACCUGGCCCCAUGGACCACAAUUCAAGUUGCUGUCAUCGGGGGUGAUCGCCCCAUGAGUUGGAUGCGUCUCAGUGGGCCAUGGAUGAGACAUCGCUUUUUUGUGGGAACUUCCCCAAAUAAGCGAGGUCUGUUAUGCGUUGCAAAGAAUAAGACCCUUUUCAAGCGUUUGAUAGAAGCGAUCCCUCAGAAAGAGGUGGAUGGGAAAAUCGCCGACCUUACGCUCUCUUCAAAAGCCCCAGGUCACUUAUUUGCGUUUCCUCGUGGAUGGGAAUUAAAAAUGGCUCGCGGUGAAGUUAUUGGAGAUCCUGCAGAUAAUGAUGAUAACGUUGAAGAACCGGUACCAAGUAUUGAGCAGUGA